AUGGCAAAGGCAGCCAAGAAGAAAUAUUCAGGAGCUACAACAAACAAGCAAGUUGAGGCGGAGAAGCAUUUAAGUUCCGUUUUCAAAUUCAACACUGAUCUUGGUCAACAUAUUUUAAAGAAUCCAUUAGUGGCACAAGGUAUUGUAGACAAAGCCAACAUUAAGCCAUCAGAUGUUGUUUUGGAAGUUGGUCCAGGUACUGGUAAUUUAACCGUCAGAAUAUUGGAGCAAGCAAGAAAAGUGGUUGCCGUAGAAAUGGAUCCAAGAAUGGCGGCUGAAUUGACCAAGAGAGUUCAUGGUACUCCAGCUGAACGGAAAUUAGAGAUUAUACUAGGUGACUUCAUGAAGACAGAGUUACCAUAUUUUGAUGUAUGCAUCAGUAACACUCCAUAUCAAAUUUCAUCACCUUUAGUCUUUAAAUUAAUAAAUCAACCAAGACCACCAAGAGUUUCUAUACUAAUGUUUCAAAGAGAGUUCGCAAUGAGAUUGUUAGCCAAACCAGGCGAUUCCUUGUAUUGUAGGCUGUCAGCAAACGUUCAAAUGUGGGCUAACGUCACGCAUAUUAUGAAAGUUGGUAGAAACAAUUUCAGGCCACCUCCACAGGUUGAAUCUAGUGUUGUCAGAAUUGAGAUUAAAUCACCAAGACCUCAAAUUGAUUUCAAUGAGUGGGAUGGCUUAUUAAGAAUUGUGUUUGUAAGAAAAAACCGUAUGAUAUCAGCCGGAUUUAAAUCUAAUACAGUAUUGGAGAUUCUAGAAAAAAACUAUAAGACAUAUUUAGCUAUGAACAAUGAAAUGGUUGAUGAUGCCAAUGGCUCUAUGCUGGAAACAGUGAAGGAGAAGAUAGCAACGGUUUUACAGGAAACUGGGCUAAGUGACAAGAGAGCGGGAAAAUGUGAUCAAAAUGAUUUCUUGAAAUUACUAUAUGCAUUUCAUCAAGUCGGUAUCCAUUUCUCAUAG